AUGACAACUCCUACCGCAACUCAAGCUAUCUUUUUCACCUCUAAAAACUUAACUGGAACCGCUGUCACAUACAACGAAGGUGAUACCAUUGCUUUCGCUCCAAAUGAUCAAUACAAUGUUGGUUUCUAUAAUAGUUUUUUUAACCAAUCAUUUCAUUAUUACUAUAAUCAUUAUGCAGACAAGUUCUUAUCAUGCAACAUUGGAUCAUCUGUUUGGGUAAAUGCUUACCAACACAACGAUGUUUACAACCCAGAGCCAGGUGUACACGAGAACUUGCCAUCAGGUGUCCACAAUGACUUGUCAUCACUCCAAGGUUUGUCAAUGUUCCAAGUCCUUGCCAACCAAUUCGCCUACGCCAUUGACGUUAAAUUAGUCUGCAAGGAUUCAUUGGUUAGUUCACCAGCUGGUUCCUAUGCAUUCACCAUCAUUCCAUACCAAGUUAAUCCAGUUACUUGCAAGAAUGGUGAUGACUAUGUCCAAUGUCCAAUCCCACAACUCUCUCCACCAGAUUCUGAAAUCGUUUGCCAAAUCACUGUAGCUCAAACCGCCUGGCCAGGAGCAACCGUUGCCAAUGGUUCUGUCUACUUCAAGUACGAUCCAUCCACCGGUAUCAUCAGUUUCCGUCAAACCGAGGGUUUCCCAACUAACAUGGAUCUCGUUCAAGAUGGAAAGACCCAAUUCUCAUUCGGUAUCCUCUCUGCUUAA